UGUUGCUCUGUGAUGGCUUUCCAAGCUUGAUUUUGAACCCCUGUCCCCGCAGGAACACUCUGGCCAACAGCUGUGGGACCGGGAUCCGCUCGUCCACCAACGACCCGAGCCGCAAGCCGCUGGACAGCCGCGUGCUGCACGCGGUCAAGUUCUACUGCCAGAACUUCGCCCCCAGCUUCAAGGAGAGCGAGAUGAACGCCAUCGCGGCGGACAUGUGCACCAACGCGCGGCGCGUCGUGCGGAAGAGCUGGAUCCCCAAGCUGAAGAUGCUGAUGGCGGAGGGCGAGCCGUACCCCAACUUCCUGCCGGACAGCGUGAAGAUGGAGGCGGACGGGCUGGGCGCGGAGCACGGCUUCGAGGGGGGCGGCCUGGAGGCCACGGCCCCCAGCGAGGGGGGCAGCUCCAGCGAGGCCCUGCAGGGGGGGGCCGGAGACAGCAGCACUUUGUUUUAGUAAGUGACCCCCCCCCACCCCCCCCGCCAACUCCAGGUGUCACCCACAGUUCAGCUCUGGAAGAGUUGGGGGGGGGCGUAUCGAGAGGCAGGGGGUUAUGGGAAAGGGGGUAGCUGCGGUACAGCAAACGAGAGGUUAAUGCACCCUUUCAGCGCAAGAAAGGCCCCUUGCCCACCUCAUCUGCUCUUAAGUUUGCUUUUAAUUUAAACUCCUGGUCCGGGCCGGUCGGGUCCGGUCCGCCUACCCUGGGGAAGAGCUGCGAUCACGGCCUGCGAUUCGAAUCCAGACCUCUUCUCCGAGUCGAAGAAACACAUUCCCCACUCGAGGCCAGGGAGAGCGCGGGGGAGUCUGCACGUUGCUCUGAAACACUGUCCUGAUUCUUGAAUGUAUUUGACGGCAGUAUUGGCUGCGCUGGCCAGCCGCCCUGACGUGACGGGCGGAUUCGUGUCCGUCAGUCUGUGUCACGGCCGUUCCAGUCACCCCCCCACUCGCCCCUCCUCUGAAUUCUGGGUGGCACGUUCUGACCAGAACAUUGACCAUUUCUCUUCUUUUAAUUACUUUGUUGUUUUUUUUUUUCUUUUAUACAAAAUUGUGUUUUGGGCUUAAUUCUCUUGUGCGUAAGCAACAUGCCAAGAACCCGGAGACAGAGGAGCAAGUUACUGAAGACACGGGGAGAGAGAAAAGACUGUCGGAUAUUUUUUAGAAUAUAUAUAUAAUUAUAUACCUGCGUCUCUGUGCGUGCGUAUAUAGAGAGAAAGAGAGGGAUUGUUUUAAAAUCUCGUUUUCAGACUGAAUUGUUUGUGAAGGUAAUUCCCACUAAAGUUUAUGAGAAAAUGACGAAAAAAGAAUAUUUUUGCAUUUGCAGAUCUAUCCAAAUGUUCCUUUUUGUUUGUGUGUCCCGUGGCGUGUCCGUUUCUGCCCCAGGCUCACUGGGCAGCAGCUGCUUUUAGUUCAGAACAGGCCCCCUGUCCCGCCGGCCUCCCCCCCCCCCUCAGGGUUUGGGGGUGCGGGGGUGUCCCACGGGGCAUGGCCAGGAUGUGGGCGCGCGCGGGCGUGUGUGGGUCGGGGUGCCACACACCAGUACGAGCCUGACAUGCAGGAGGGGCUGGGAGGUCAGAGGUCAGAGGGCAGCUGGAAUCAGGGGGUGGAGUACAGUGGGGGAAAUACUCGGGUGUCCGAGAAACGUUCUCUUACUGCAGUUUCAGAGGAACGACAGUCAUUUUCCCCCUGUGGGGUCAAGUGGCUUUGCUGAAAGGCAGCCUUGGCUCUGAAGGGCGAUAGAAGGAGGGGGUCACGCUUGUAAGAAACUCGUUCAACCCUGCGAGAAAAACGAGUUUGCUCUCCUUGAGAGAUUAAGAAGUUAAAAAAGCAGUUGCACUAGAGCUGCCGCCCCCUUGUGGCUGGGAGGUACAAUCACAGCGCUACCGAUGGCCUGGUGCUGGCCCCCUGGCCUUGACUGGGGCAGCGUGUCUCUGGGUUAUCGGGUAGCUGCCGUGCCGGGGGGGGGGGGUGUCAUCAGCUGUGUCUGGGGUCCUCCCAGGUCCCAGCAUGUGAGCUGGGGGAGGGGCUGUGGGUUCAGAGCUGCCAGCUGUCCGCUAGGCGCUAGGUAGACAACUUCCUCUGGUCCAGUUUCACCAGAAGCAGGAGAGGAGAAAAUUUGCACACUUUUAAAACGUGUUUCAAUGCUGCCUUAAUGAAAGAGUUUGUGCCUGGGAGUUGGAGAGACAGGAGCAGGUGUGGGAGUCUGGGGGUGUGUCUGUUGUCUGUUGGCGGUGCAUGUGUUAGGCUCUGAGUGUGUGUGCGGACACACAAACACAACUAAUGACCGCAAGGAGAAGUUUGAGAGAGACAAACCCGAGUGUGUGUGUAAUGGCCUGACAUCUGGGUGCCUGACUGGAGCUCUGUGUGGACGUGUGUGUGUGUCCAUUGUGUGACUGGGGCUCUGUGUGGACAUGUGUGUGUCCAGUGUGUGACUGGGGCUCU